AUGGCAACCUUGACGCUAGCAUCCUGGGCUGUAAAUCUAACCUACGCUAACCUUACCGCACCCGUGGUCGACGCAGCUGUCAAGAGUAUCUAUAACUGGGCCGGCUGUGCCAUCGGCGGUUUCGCGCAAGCCGCGCCACAAAUCGCGCUCAACACAUCAUUAUCCGCAGGUUUUGGCGGGCCGCCGACGUCCAGUAUCCUCGGCCUGAACGGCUCACUUGGCGGAAACGGGGUGGGGUUUGGAAUAGAACCGGGGUUUGCGGAUGCGCAUAUCGCCGCGUUUGUCAAUGGCAUCGCGUCGCACGUUGAUGAUUAUGACGACACGCACCUCGCGAGUAUAAUACAUCCUACCGGGGUGGUAGCUAGUGCGCUCUUCGCCGUGGCUGAAGCCGAGUCUCGAUCUCAGGGAGGCGGAAAUCGUGCGGCGGGAAUGGUGUCUGGUACGGAUUUCUUAACCGCUUUUGUGGCCGGCGUCGAGGCCGAGCUUAAGCUUGGAUUAUCAGUCUAUCCGGAACACUACGAUGUGGGAUGGCACAGCACAAGCACGACGGGUUCUGUAGGCGCGGCCGUCGCUGUGGGCAAGUUAUUAGAGCUAGAUACCGAGCACCUUCAGCACGCGAUAGGAAUCGCCUCUACACAAGUCAUCGGGAUGCAAGCGUUCUUCGGCUCAAUGACCAAGUCGUUCCACAUCGGGCGCGCGACGCAAGGAGGCAUGUUAGCCGCGCUCCUAGCCCAGAAAGGAUACACAAGUUCACUCACAGCCCUGGAAGAUAAAUACGGCUGGUUACAUGUAGUCAGCACGCGCGAGAACGCAUCGGCCAACUUCGCGCAGCUGGGGAAGGGGACUUGGGAGAUCGAGAGGAACACGUUCAAGCCAUUUCCAUGUGGCAUCGUUAUGCAUCCUACCAUCGACGGGUGCAUCCAGCUCCAUAACCAGGUGCUAGACGAGGGAAAGUCGAUCAAAUCGAUUAAGAGCAUUGACCUACGCGUAAAUCCGGAAGUACUGGUACUCACAGGCCAGACCGACCCGCAGACAGGGCUCGAAGGCAAGUUCAGCAUAUACCACGCCGCUGCUGUUGCAUUGCUAUACGGCCAAGCAACUCCCACGCAGUUUACAGACCAAGUCGUACAGAACGAGACAGUGAUAAGCACGCGGAAGUUAGUAAAAGUCACUACGGACAAUAGUAUAGGCGAAGACCAAGCGUGCACUUCCAUAACCUUCAGCGACAAUAGUACCAGUGAAAACUACAUCGAGUAUGCGAUCGGCAGUUUGGAGAAUCCUCUGACUGUGGAGGAUUUAAAGACGAAGUUCAUCGACCAAGCCUCGCGCCAAAUCGGAAGUGCAAGGGCGGAGAGAGCAUAUAACGCUUUCACAGGUAUUCGCAAUAUAACCGAUGUAGGGAAGCUAAGGUCACUAUUCUAG